UAGGAGGGGUGCGAUGUUGCUGCACAAAGGCAAUUCAAGUCUUGCCGAAGUCUACCCACACGCGCUCACAAUGUAGGAAGCGCUCCCUGAAAACAGAAGACUACUACCACACACACUGCUUACCAGCGACUGAUAUUAUUUGCUUCCAUCUUCGGAGUGUUGAUGGUAAUCUGAUUAAUUGGGGGGAUUUGGGUUUUGAGCAUGGAGGGCUGCUAUCCCCCAGAAAGUGAAAGGAUGGAAGCGUGGCUUGAUGACCAUUUGGAGUUCGCUCAUUCCUACGUUGUCAGGAAGGCUACAAGGGAGAUGGUGAAUGCAUGGUUUGCUGAGCGAGUCCAUUCCAUCCAGCCCUCCUCCUCCUCCUCUUCCUCCUCAUCAUCCUCCAAAGAAACCCUUCUACCCCAGAGACCCAAGCCCUCAGACAGCCCCUGCUUAGCCUCCUCCCUGCCCCCUUCCCUGGGCCUGAACGACAGGCGUUCCCCCUCUCCAGCCCCGCCCCCCAGCCCCGCUCCCAGCACCCCCACCCGCAAGAUCUCUGCAUCUGAGUUUGACAGGCCGCUGAGGCCCAUCGUGGUCAAGGACGCGGAAGGCUCACUAACCUUCCUCUGCGACACCGAACCCGACCGAGGCGACAUCCGGACACCCUUCAGAACCCAGCAGGGAGGGGUCGGGGUUGGUAUCCCCACAGGGAUGAUGGGCGAGGUUGGCAGUGCCCGGGGGUUGGACCGCUGUGCCAGGCUGUUGGAGCUGGUGAGGGAUGUGUCGAGUCACCUGGAUGUGACAGCGCUGUGCCACAAGAUCUUCCUGCACAUCAACGAGCUGAUCGCCGCGGACCGCUACUCCCUCUUCCUGGUGGGCGAGGACAGCUCCAACAGGAAGUUCCUGGUGAGCAGGCUAUUUGACGUUGCCGAGGGCUCCACCCUGGAGGAGGUGUCCAAUAGCUGCAUCCGUCUGGAAUGGAACAAGGGCAUUGUGGGUCACGUGGCGGCCACGGGCCAGCCCCUCAACAUCAAGAAUGCCUACGAGGACCCCAGGUUCAAUGCAGAGGUGGAUCAGAUCACAGGCUAUAAGACGCAGAGUAUCCUGUGUAUGCCCAUCAAGAACCACAGAGAAGAGGUGGUAGGAGUGGCACAGGCCAUCAACAAGAAGUGUGGAGAGAAUGGGACUUUCACUGAACAGGAUGAAAAGGACUUCUCGGCCUACCUGGCCUUCUCCGGGAUCGUCCUACACAACGCCCAGCUCUACGAGACGUCCCAGCUGGAAAACCGUCGGAAUCAGGUGCUGUUGGACCUGGCCAGUCUGAUCUUGGAGGAGCAGCAGUCCCUGGAGGUAUUACUGAGGAAGAUAGCAGGCACCAUCCUCUCCUUUAUGCAGGCCCAGGGCUGCACUGUGUUCAUAGCUGACGGAGACGUUAUGAACUCCUUCUCCAGCGUGUUUCACAUGGAAUAUGAGGACCUGGGAGAGGCCAUGGACAGCCCCAAAAGGGACUGUGACGUGAGUCAGAUAAACUACAUGUACGCCCAGUAUGUAAAGAACACCAUGGAGCCUCUGAACAUCUCUGACGUCACCAAAGACCAGCGCUUUCCCUGGAUGAGUGAGAACCCAGAGCACCCCAGUAACCAGAUCAAGAGUUUGCUCUGUACGCCUAUCAGGAAUGGGAAGAAGGAUAAAGUUAUAGGUGUGUGUCAGUUGGUGAACAAGAUGGACGUGGCGUCUGGGAACGUGAGGUCCUUCAACCGGAACGAUGAACAGUUCCUGGAGGCCUUCGCCAUUUUCUGUGGCCUGGGUAUACAGAACACCCAGAUGUAUGAAACAGUGGAGAGAGCCAUGGCUAAACAGGAGGUUACACUGGAGGUCCUUUCGUAUCAUGCCUCUGCUGCAGAGGAAGAGACGCGGGCGCUGCAGGUAACUGCGGUGGCCACUGUUCCGUCGGCCCAGUCUCUGCGUCUGAUGGAGUUCAGUUUCAGUGACUUUGAGCUGUCCGACGCUGAGACCACUCAGGCCACCAUACGCAUGUUUGUAGACCUCAACCUAGUCCAGAACUUCCAGAUGAAAUACAAGAGUCUGUGCCAGUGGAUCCUGAGUGUUAAGAAGAACUAUAGGAAGAACGUGGCCUACCACAACUGGAGACACGCCUUCAAUACCUCCCAGUGCAUGUUCGCCUUGUUCAAAUCUGGCCGGUUACAGAGUAAUAUGACUGAUCUGGAGACCCUGGCCUUGAUGAUCGCCACUCUGAGUCAUGACCUGGACCACAGAGGGGUCAACAACUCCUACAUACAGAGGAGUGACCAUCCCCUGGCCCAGCUCUACUGCCACUCCACCAUGGAGCACCACCACUUUGAUCAGUGUCUCAUGAUCCUCAACAGCCCAGGGAAUCAGAUUCUAAGCAGUCUGUCUCUGGAUGAGUACAAGGCCACUCUGAAGAUGAUCGAGAGGGCUAUUCUGGCUACGGACCUGGCUCUGUACAUGAAGAGGAGAGGAGAGUUCUUUGAACUGACCAAGAACAGCCAAUUUGUCUGGGACGAUGACUAUCAUAAAGACUUGCUGAGGUCAAUGCUGAUGACUGCAUGUGACAUCUCUGCCAUUACCAAGCCCUGGCCAGUACAGAAGAGGAUAGCCAAGUUGGUGGCUACAGAGUUCUUUGAGCAAGGGGACAAGGAGAGAGAAGAACUCAACAUUGAGCCAACAGAUCUGAUGAAUCGGGACAAGCAGGAUAAGAUUCCGAGCAUGCAGGUGUCGUUCAUUGAUGCCAUCUGCACACAGCUGUAUGAGACCCUGGCCAGUAUGUCUGAGUCCUGUUCCCCACUACUCGAGGGCUGCCAGAAGAACAGACAGAAUUGGAAGAUUCUGUCUGAACAGGGUGACAAAGCCUUCUUCAACGGAGCGGUGUAGACCUGUUCAACGUCUCUCCUCCAUCCCCACUAUCGCUCCAUCCCCACUAUCCCUCCAUCUCCACUAUCGCUCCAUCCCCACUAUCCCUCCAUCCCCACUAUCCCUCCAUCCC